AUGGCGGCCCCGGCGCUGGCGGCGGGGGCGGCGGCGGCCGCGGCGCGGGGCCCCAACGCGAGCCUCGGCGCGGCCGGCAACGGCUCGGGCGCCGCCUGGGGGCCGCCCCCGGGCCAGUACUCGGCGGCGCCGUGGCGGGGCUGGCGGCGGGUCGUGGGCUUCCUCAUCGUGUUCACCGUGGCGGGCAACGUGCUGGUGGUGAUCGCCGUGCUGACCAGCCGCGCGCUGCGGGCGCCGCAGAACCUGUUCCUGGUGUCGCUGGCCUCGGCCGACAUCCUCGUGGCCACGCUGGUGAUGCCCUUCUCGCUGGCCAACGAGCUCAUGGCCUACUGGUCCUUCGGGCAGGUGUGGUGCGGCGUGUACCUGGCGCUGGACGUGCUCUUCUGCACCUCGUCCCAUCGUAGCUCACUGUGCGCCAUCAGCCUGGACCGCUACUGGUCCGUGACGCAGGCCGUGGAGUACAACCUCAAGCGCACGCCGCGCCGCGUCAAGGCCACCAUCGUGGCCGUGUGGCUGCUGUCGGCCGUCAUCUCCUUCCCGCCGCUCGUGUCGCUCAACCGGCGGCCCGACGGCGCCGCCUACCCGCAGUGCGGCCUUAACGACGAGACCUGGUACAUCCUGUCGUCGUGCGUCGGCUCCUUCUUCGCGCCCUGCCUCGUCAUGCUGCUCGUGUACGCGCGCAUCUACCGCGUGGCCAAGCGCCGCGCGCGCGCGCUCGGCGACCAGCGCGCGUCGCCCGCGGGCCCCGACGGCGCGGCCGCGGCCGCGGAGAACGGCCACUGCGCGGGCCCGGAGCCCGGCGACGGCGGCGGCGGCGGCGGCGGCGGCGCGGGCGGCCGGGGGCGGCGGCGCGGGGCGCUGCGGCGGGCGGGCGGCGGCGCGCCGAGUCCGAGGGCGCCCUGGAGCCCGGCGGCGGAGGCCCGGGAGGGCGGCGGAGGAGGCGGAGGCGGGGGCCGCCCGUCCCGCGCCAGCUCGCGCUCCGUCGAGUUCUUCCUGUCCCGCAGGCGCCGCGCGCGCAGCAGCGUGUGCCGCGGCAAGCUGGCCCAGGCGCGCGAGAAGCGCUUCACCUUCGUGCUGGCCGUGGUCAUGGGCGUGUUCGUGCUCUGCUGGUUCCCCUUCUUCUUCAGCUACAGCCUCUACGGCAUCUGCCGCCAGGCCUGCCAGGUGCCCGGCCCGCUCUUCAAGUUCUUCUUCUGGAUCGGCUACUGCAACAGCUCGCUCAACCCGGUCAUCUACACCGUCUUCAACCAGGACUUCCGCCGCUCCUUCAAGCACAUCCUCUUCCGAAGGCGGCGGAGGGGCUUCCGGCAGUGA